AUGGCUGCUCGUCGUCGAGUUCGAAACCUUGGAGAUUUGAACGAAAACAACAAUGAGAGGGGUUGCACGUUCGAGCAAUUUAAUCGCACCCAUCCGCCCUCCUUUGAUGGAAGAGACGAUUCCAAUGCAGUUGAGGAUUGGAUUCAGGACAUCGAAGAGAUAUUCAGUAUCUUGGAGUGCACCGAUCAACAAAAAGUUCGUUUUGCAGCUUUUAAAUUGAUUGGAGAAGCAAAGCGAUGGUGGAACUCUGAGAAAGCCAUCAGAGAAGCUGGUGGAACUGGAGAAGUGAGCUGGCCUCACUUUAAGCAAAACUUCUUCGACCGCUUCUUUCCGAAAGCAGACCAGGAAGCUAGAGCCCUAGAGUUUACUAACUUGGUGCAAGAGACCAUGACGGUACGCCAGUAUGCUGCAAAAUUUGCAGAGUUGUCACGCUUCGCCUCAUAUUUGAUUCCCGACAAAAAGAAGAAAACUCGGAGGUUUGAAGAGGGUUUAAAUCAAAGGAUCUACGAACGGGUUAUGGUUCUACAAAUUCAAAACUUUUCAGACUUGGUACAUAAAGCGAUGCUGGUGGAGCAGAAUCUUAAGAGAAGCGCUGAGUUACAGGAACAAAGAAAGAGAGCUACUCCACCUGGAUCCUCUAGUAUGGAUCAAGGGCCAUGGAGGAAGAGAAACGAAGGUAGCAACUCAAGUCAGAGACAGGUGCAGGGAUAUCAAUCAAAUAACCCCUGCAAGUUUUGUAACCACAUACACACUUGGGAGUGUAGAAAGGAAAAUGGGUCAUGUUUUCGAUGUGGAAAGACUGGCCAUUUCAUCAGAGAAUGCCCAUUGCUGUCAGACGACAAGAAUAAGUCCAACACACCUCCAGGUCCCCGAAAGACGACACAAGGAAAAAAUCAAUGUAGAAUGGGACCAGCUCGAGUGUUUGCAUUGACAGCUGAAGAUGUUGAGGACGAUAACAAUGCGAUCACAGGUACCCCACUUUUUUUCUCCUUGAAAGUUUUUUUUUGGGUUUUAGUUGAGCUGGGAUUAAUCAUGCUUGCAUGA